CGCCUAUGCAUACCCACUUCUUACACGAAUUUAAGGUGAACCAGUUCUUUCUAUUUUCCCAAGAUAUUAACAUCGACCACUCACUUCUCAGUUGACAUUAUAUCCAUACAGCAGUGUAACUGCUGUUCGAAGUUGAAUAUCAUUUUAUUGUUCAUCAUUAAUGUUUAUUAACAACUGAGCUGUAACCUGCUAUUAAGUGCCAAAUCCGACUUAACGUUUUAAUUAUGUUUGAAAGACACAGAUUACACAAAAUGAUCAGUCAUGGUUUACAACUAUUUUUGCUUAUUAGUUUUGCGACGGCAGUGGCAAAGGCGAAACAGUUGACUAUCAUGAAUAACCCACCUAAAGUUUUGGUGACAAAUCCUACAGUGCCCAGUAUUGGUAUUGAACUGUUGACCGAAAAAGGCUGUCAGGUGAUUAUUGUUGAAAAUGAAUCAAGAGAAGAAAUUCUCAAGAAAGUGAAAGGAGUGGAUGCGGUAUUUUGGUUCUCGCAUGAAAAGUUCAGCAACGAUAUUUUGGAUGCGGCAGGAAGUCAACUCAAAGUGAUAGGCACAAUGUCAGCUGGAUACAAUCAUUUCAAUCUAGACGAGCUGAAGAAACGCGGUAUCAAACUUGGAAAUACUCCCAAAGUACUAAAUGAAGCUGUAGCAGAUGUGGCUAUUCUGUUAUCUUUAGCAGCUUCUAGGAGAAUUCAAGAAGGACGACUAGCGAUAGAAAAUAACCAAUGGAAAAAUACAGAUGCACAGUGGUUGCUCGGCACAGACAUAGCAAACUCGACAGUUGGAAUAAUAGGAUUAGGAGGAAUAGGACAAGCAAUUGCUAAAAGAUUGAAAGGGUUCGAUGUCAAACAAGUUCUUUAUACUGGACAUAAGGAAAAACCUGAAGGUGAAGAGUUGGGAGCGAAAUUCGUCUCUCUAGAUACCCUGAAUAGAGAGAGCGACUUUAUAAUAGUUGCAGUUCCUUUGACCAAUGAAACCAAUGGCAUGUGCAACGAAGACUUCUUUUCGAAAAUGAAGAAAACAGCAGUAUUUAUUAACGUCAGUAGAGGACAAGUGGUGGAUCAGCCUGCAUUGAUUGAUGCGCUCAAAAAUGGAACAAUUUUCGCUGCUGGCUUGGAUGUGAUGACUCCUGAACCAUUACCAUCCGAUCAUGAGAUGUUGAAAUUACCCAAUCUCGUUGUCCUACCGCACAUAGGAAGUGCUACUAAAAACACGAGAGAUGCCAUGUCCACUUUAACAGCUCAAAACAUCUUGAGAGGUUUGGGUGGCGAAGAAAUGUUUACUCCGGUCGUUUGAGAGGUUUUAACGAUGAAGUUUAUCUUGUUUUUGUA